GUUGCAAAGGUCUUGCAUCAGUCUGACUUGACCGCCAUGCCAUCGGAUGAAAGUGACAGCGAUGACCGGGAAGAGGACAGGCGGGAACGACGGGAGAAGCGUGAAGAGAAGCGCGACAAGGAUGGGGACCGAGAACGUGGAGGCGCCCUGGCUGGUGCCCUGAGGAACUUGUCUGGCGCCCUGGGAGCCUCCGUGGCUUCUGCCCGCGAUGCGCGCCCCGGGCCGUACGACCGCGGCACGGCGCGCGGCGCGGAGGGCGCGGUGCCUGGCGCGCGUGGCGCGGAGCCGAUGGAGGGGAAAGGUCGGGGCAAGGCGGCCAUCUUGCCUCCACCCCGCAAGACCAUGGACCGUUCACGCACCUGUCCCUUCUUGCUGCGGAUCUUCCGAAAGAUAGGUGCUCAUCACGGCAUUGAGGCCUUUGCCGAGCGUGGCAAGGAGCCCGUCGACUGCGAGCUCCAGGUGUAUGCUUGGCCGGAUGUGACGCUACGAGAGUUGGCGGACUUGAUCAAGGAUGUGGCCCCAGAGGCGCGAGAUCCCAAGGUGCGUUUGGCCUUCAACCUCAUCUACCCAGAUAAGACUGGCAAGAAUGUGAGCACCAACUUGGGGACGGUCACAUGCUCGAAGCGUGGCCCGGAUGAUGACAAGGCACUGUCAUCAUCGAAAUUCCAAACAGGGGACCUACUGGACUUGGCGAUCUUGCAGUAGACUAAGGUGGCAGCAUUAUAAGAUGGAUCUCAUCAGCCAGACUGCGUUCCGAGGGUGGAGAG